UCUAGUGAUUGAUUCAUGUACUUAUCACCCCGCCAUCCCCGGGACCGGUGGACAUCAUCCCUAUGUAUAUUAAGGUGCCAAAAAGGAGUGGUUAGAACUCAAAGGGUGGAGCCUCCGUCCUCGUACCGGAAACUACUGUCCCUCAGUGCGCCUGCGAGACUCCCACGCCCUGCGAAGUGUUCCUAUCGAUUCGCUCAGUGCUCAGCAGCUCUUUCUGUUAGCAGGCGGCCAUCUUGCCUAGAGCCUGAGAAAGGGAGAAGAGAGACAGAAGGAACGGGUGACAGUGGUCUCAGGGCCGCCCCGGGGGCCUCAAGAGCCGGAGGCAGCCCCGGAGGCUCCCGCGGGCGGACAAACCAGAGGAGGAGGCCGGGGAAUGGCCGCGGUGUGGCAGCAAGUCUUAGCAGUGGACGCGAGUUUCGGACCCAAUAUAUCCGUCGGCGCAGCCAGCUGCUGCGGGAGAAUGCCAAGGCUGGGCACCCCCCAGCACUGCGUCGGCAGUACCUGAGGCUGCGGGGCCAGCUGUUGGGCCAGCGUUACGGGCCCCUCUCUGAGCCAGGCAGUGCACGUGCCUAUAGCAACAGCAUCGUCCGCAGCAGCCGCACAACCCUUGACCGCAUGGAGGACUUUGAGGACGAUCCUCGAGCCCUGGGGGCCCGAGGGCACCGCCGUUCUGUCAGCCGUGGCUCCUAUCAGCUGCAGGCACAGAUGAACCGUGCUGUCUAUGAGGACAGGCCUCCUGGCAGCGUGGUGCCCACAUCAGCAGCAGAGGCAAGUCGGGCCAUGGCUGGGGACACAUCGCUGAGCGAGAACUAUGCCUUUGCAGGCAUGUACCAUGUUUUUGACCAGCAUGUGGAUGAGGCAGUCCCAAGGGUGCGCUUCGCCAAUGACGACCGGCACCGCCUGGCUUGCUGCUCACUCGACGGCAGCAUCUCCCUGUGCCAGCUGGUGCCUGCCCCACCUACUGUGCUCCGCGUGCUGAGGGGCCACACCCGUGGUGUCUCCGACUUCGCCUGGUCCCUCUCCAAUGACAUCCUCGUGUCCACCUCCCUGGAUGCCACCAUGCGCAUCUGGGCCUCCGAGGACGGCCGCUGUAUUCGGGAGAUCCCUGACCCUGAUGGCGCUGAACUGCUCUGCUGCACCUUCCAGCCCGUCAACAACAACCUCACUGUGGUGGGGAAUGCCAAGCACAAUGUGCAUGUCAUGAACAUCUCCACUGGCAAGAAAGUGAAAGGUGGCUCCAGCAAGCUGACAGGACGUGUUCUUGCUCUGUCCUUUGAUGCCCCUGGCAGGCUGCUCUGGGCGGGUGAUGACCGUGGCAGUGUCUUCUCCUUCCUCUUUGACAUGGCCACAGGAAAGCUGACCAAAGCCAAGCGGCUGGUGGUGCAUGAAGGCAGCCCUGUGACCAGCAUCUCUGCCCGUUCUUGGGUCAGCCGUGAGGCCCGGGACCCCUCGCUGCUCAUCAAUGCUUGCCUCAACAAGCUGCUGCUUUACAGGGUGGUGGACAACGAGGGGACCCUGCAGCUGAAGAGAAGCUUUCCCAUUGAGCAGAGCUCACACCCUGUGCGCAGCAUCUUCUGUCCCCUCAUGUCCUUCCGCCAGGGGGCCUGUGUGGUGACAGGCAGUGAGGACAUGUGCGUGCACUUCUUUGAUGUGGAGCGAGCAGCCAAGGCUGCUGUCAACAAGCUGCAGGGCCACAGUGCACCUGUGCUUGACGUCAGCUUCAACUGCGACGAGAGCCUGCUGGCCUCCAGUGACGCCAGCGGCAUGGUCAUCGUCUGGAGACGGGAGCAAAAGUAGGGUCCUGCAAGCCCUGUGCUGUCCACCAACCCCCACCUCCUACCCUGGUCUUGCAUUGUAAAUAAAGUUUCUGUGGUUGUGCUGA